UACUUUGUGAACAGGUCUGUACGGGCACUGAGGCUUUCUUCCUCUCUUGGCUAAAGAAGAAAGAAGGGGCCCUACAUAGGCUUUGCUCUCUGUCUGUGGGGCUUGAGUAUCCUGGAGGGUGCGUCUGUCCCCUUGUCCACCAGCUCCCUCCCUGGCGAAGCUCUGAACAAAACUGUCAGUAGUGGAGGCUGAAUGAGAAAACACUGUCAUGUCUACACUGGUCACUCCCAAAAGAAAGUGGUGUAUAUUACUCAGAAGUUGAAAGUGAGGCGUGGUCCAGGGCCAUUAGAAUAGUCCUCAGUGUCCCUAAAGCCUGUUGUUGCAAAGCGGUAAAUACUGAGAUUUGUUGAACAUUCAAGGCCCCAAGGGUCUUAUCUGAGCCUUAACAGACUGAGCUUCUUAGGAGACCGUGAGGAUACCUCUGUGCUAAAACUCCUUCAAUUGUGGGUGUUCAUUACCCCCUUCUCUACUGCCCCCUGGGGUGGCGGCUGGGUGAAUGCGUGGUGUUACAGACAAGACUUUGAAGACUGGACAGCCUUGGGCCUGAGAAUGUGGAGUGGGCCAGGGCCAAAGAGGCGAGAUGUUAGGUGUGGGGGCUCAGUCUGGCCUGAACACCCUGCCCCAGAGAGUCCUCCGGAAGGAAGCUGUCACCCCAUCUGCCCUAGUCCUCAUGAGCCGCUCCAAUGCCCAGCCCACAGCUGCCACUGUCCAGAAGGUGGUGGAGAACAGCAGUGGAACCCCCAACUUCUCAAUGCGUUCCUUCACGAUCGACGACUUUGAGAUUGGGCGUCCUCUGGGCAAAGGCAAGUUUGGAAAUGUGUACUUGGCUCGGGAGAAGAAAAGCCAUUUCAUCGUGGCGCUCAAAGUCCUCUUCAAGUCUCAGAUAGAAAAGGAGGGUGUGGAGCACCAGCUGCGCAGGGAGAUCGAAAUCCAGGCCCAUCUGCAGCAUCCCAACAUCUUGCGUCUCUACAACUAUUUCUAUGACCGGCGAAGAAUCUACUUGAUUCUGGAGUAUGCCCCCCGGGGGGAGCUCUACAAGGAGCUACAGAAGAGCCGCACUUUUGAUGAGCAGCGAACAGCCACGAUCAUGGAGGAGCUGGCUGAUGCUCUGAUAUACUGCCAUGGGAAGAAGGUGAUUCACAGAGAUAUAAAGCCAGAGAAUCUGCUCUUGGGGCUCCAGGGAGAGCUGAAGAUUGCCGACUUCGGCUGGUCCGUGCACGCCCCCUCCCUGAGGAGGAAGACAAUGUGUGGCACCCUGGACUAUCUGCCGCCGGAGAUGAUUGAGGGUCGCACACACAACGAGAAGGUGGACCUGUGGUGCAUCGGAGUGCUCUGCUACGAGCUGCUGGUGGGAAACCCCCCCUUCGAGAGUGCUUCCCACAACGAGACGUAUCGGCGCAUUGUCAAGGUAGACCUGAAGUUCCCCCCUUCCAUGCCCGUGGGAGCCCAGGACCUCAUCUCCAAGCUGCUCAAGCAUAGCCCCUCAGAACGCCUGCCACUGGCCGAGGUCUCAGCCCACCCUUGGGUCCAGGCCCACUCUCGGAGGGUAUUGCCUCCCUCUGCCCCUCAGUCUGUCCCCUGAAUUGUCCCUGUCAUUUUCUCAGUUGUGUCUGUAUGUCUGUAUAUGUGUAGUAAGUGGGGGGGGGGGUCCCUGGCCUGUUCCUGCAUCUGUCUUCUCCCUCCUCUUUAUUUAAUAAAGGCUGAAGCUUUUUG